AGCCCCCGACUUAAGGAGGGAGAAUAUUAGCACGCUUUGAAAAAAAGAAAAAAAAAAUUGAACAGCAGCAGAGAAAAUAAAAGGGGGGAUUUUUAGGGCAGAAAAAGUUGGUGUUUUUGAACCCAAAAAGCGAAAGCUCCCCCUUUUCUCAUUCUUCUUCUUGUUGAUCGAGAUGUUAGGUCGCGGCGCUGAGAUCGAUCGAGGUCGGAGGUGGUCGAGCCUAGAAUGAGUGAGCUAGGGUUUCGAGAUUCUUGGAUCUUUGAACAGUUUCAGCUCGAUGGCUACUACAAAGCGCGCGUACAAGCUACAGGAAUUUGUAGCGCAUUCUUCGAAUGUGAACUGUCUUAAGAUUGGGAGGAGGACUUCUAGGGUUCUUGUUACUGGAGGUGAAGAUCACAAGGUCAAUCUUUGGGCUAUAGGCAAGCCUAACGCAAUAUUGAGUUUAUCUGGACAUACGAGCGCAAUUGAGUCAGUAAGUUUUGAUUCCUCGGAGGUAUUAGUGGCCGCAGGAGCAGCUAGUGGGACAAUCAAAUUGUGGGAUUUAGAGGAGGCAAAGAUUGUUCGCACUCUCACAGGUCAUAGGUCAAAUUGUAUCUCUGUUGACUUCCAUCCAUUUGGAGAGUUCUUUGCUUCUGGGUCAUUGGAUACAAAUCUCAAGAUAUGGGAUAUCAGAAGAAAGGGAUGCAUUCAUACGUAUAAGGGGCAUACACGAGGAGUUAAUGCCAUUAGAUUUACGCCAGAUGGUCGGUGGGUUGUUUCUGGUGGAGAAGACAAUACUGUCAAGCUAUGGGAUCUGACUGCUGGGAAGCUCUUGCAUGAUUUCAAGUGCCAUGAAGGACAGGUUCAGUGUAUAGAUUUUCAUCCCCAUGAGUUUCUGUUGGCAACAGGUUCAGCUGACAAAACAGUUAAAUUUUGGGAUCUUGAAACUUUUGAGUUGAUUGGUUCUGCAGGACCUGAGACAACAGGGGUACGCUCGAUGACCUUCAACCCUGAUGGUAGAACCCUUCUUUGUGGGUUGCAUGAAAGUCUGAAGGUUUUCUCUUGGGAGCCAGUAAGGUGCCAUGAUGCAGUGGAUGUGGGAUGGUCUAGACUGUCAGAUCUGAACAUCCAUGAGGGGAAACUUCUGGGGUGCUCUUACAAUCAAAGUUGUGUUGGAGUAUGGGUUGUUGACAUCUCGCGGAUUGAGCCUUAUGCUGUUCCAAGUAUUGGACGAUCAAAUAGUCGUUCAGAAUCAAAAUCCACAAGUAGUACUUUGUCUCUGCAAGCUGACAACAGCAUAAAAGCUGGUAUUGGGAGGUUAUCAGUUUCACAAAAUCCAGAUACUGGAGCUAAGGAGGCAAAAUCUACAGCAUCUACUGGCAGUGCCCCCAAUACCCCUCAAAGAACUGGCCCAAAAGUGACUGCAGUAAAUCCAGCAGCACAGCCUGGCAAUACAGUCCUAAAAAGAAAUUCAUCAAAAUAUCAUGGAACAGCCAAUCCUCCAUCUUUCAACAAGUCUGAUGUGGUACCUGUAAUUGUACCCAGAACUAACACAAGAAUGGAAAUGGCCUCUGAUUCUAGAAGGGACGUCACUGCUGGAAGAACAAUACCGUAUAAUGUCCACUCAAAGUUAUCUGAUCUCCGUAAGUUGUCGAAUGCGAGUGAUUUAGAUAGAUCAAGCAUUUCUGGUCAAUCGGGAUUCUUGGGCAAUAAGAACACAGAACAAAAUGAAGAUAUGGAGCCAAAUUUUGUUUCUGCUACCAAUGGUGUUAAUCGGUCAAGGAUUGUUGCUGAAAGGAACCUAGAAGAAGUUAGACCCGUCGGAUCAGCAAAGAUGGGAGUUGGUCAACUGACAGAAUCAAGUACAAAUUGCCAACAAGAAAAUUAUGAUGGUCGAGUGCUUAAGCCCAGACAUUUCUCUUCAUUAGAAGUUUCGAAAGGAGGGAGAACAAGAUCAAUUGUUGCAAACUGGGAAAGGAACGAACAACCACCAAGCUUUGAGUGCAUGACACCCAACAACUCUUCUGAGAUCAAUCACAAUACUAAAAUCUCAUAUACAAGAGAGCGUGUUUCGUCUGCUGAGAAAGAAACAGUUUCCGCCAGUGAUGAGGACACUAUUUCUGAUUUACUGGAACAUCACAAUCAGUUCAUAAUUUCAGCACAGUCUCGCUUGACAAAAUUACAGGUUGUUCAGCGGUUAUGGGAAAGGAAAGAUAUAAGGGGUCUCAUCAGUGCGUUGGAAAAGAUGUCGGAUCAUGCUGUCUCUGCUGAUGUUGUCAGCGUUUUAAUUGAUAAAAGUGAUAUUGUAACACUGGACAUAUGCACUAUUCUUCUGCCCCUUCUCACAAGCCUUCUAGGGAGUGAUAUGGAUAGGCACUUGACUGUUUCUAUGGAGAUGCUGUUGAAGCUGGUGAGGGUUUUUGGUCCUGUUAUCCAUUCAACUGUAUCAGGACCUCCAUUGGUUGGGGUUGACCUUGAAGCUGAGAAUCGGCUUGAGCGUUGUAACUUGUGCUUUAUUGAGUUGGAAAAGAUCAAGCACGUUAUCCCAUCUCUCACAAGGAGAGGAGGGUCUAUAGCAAAGUCUACGCAAGAGUUAAAGCUUGCCCUUCAAGAAUUUUUUUGACUUGACUGAUUCACUGACCAAUACAUAUGCACAGUUAGUGGAGUUGUCAUUCUUUUGCUCUCCCUUGGCCGACCUCCAGAAUUCUUCUUCUAACGGUCAUUUGCAGAAAUAUCUAUUUAAGGAUAUUCUGGAUCGAUGAUACGCUAGAAAAUUAAACCCCCUUACCUUGUGGCUUUUAUACUGGGGAUUAAGAGAAGCUCCUUUGCUGCUGGGGACUCUGGAGGCUGGAAUACUAACUUUGAUUGCUUGUUGCCUUUGUAAGAGUUGGUUGAUGGAGAACCUUUGAUUCGAGCCCUUGUUGCCCUUUGUAACAUUUGGCUACAGGAGGUCUGUACGUUUAUUGUUAAUAUACCAAAAGAUGAUUACAAGUUAUGGAGGGAGUGGUUUCUGGUUUAUGCAGGAUUGGAGAAAAUUAGUUUGUGAAUACAAUCUUCGGACGCGAGAAGAAUUAAAAGCAGUUAUUCAUAUUGUGUCUUUGUUC